AUGGGCGUCGAAGGCGACAGCAGCAGUGCUGCCUCUACCAGAGAGGAAAAUACUGGCGACAACCGCCAAUGGGGUCUCCAACACAAGGUUGAGGCCUUGAAGGAGCGCGAACAAAACUCCGGAAUCCCUGCUCGUGAACUGGGUGUUACAUGGAAGGACCUCACCGUCCAGGUCAUCAGCUCCGACGCCGCCAUCCAGGAAAACGUCCUUUCCCAGUUCAACAUCCCCAAGAAGAUCCAGGAAGGAAAGCAGAAGCCCCCUCUCAAGACUAUCCUCGACAACAGCCAUGGUUGCGUCAAGCCCGGUGAGAUGUUGUUGGUCCUCGGCCGUCCCGGCUCCGGAUGCACCACCCUUCUCAACCUCUUGGCCAACAAGCGCGAAGGCUACAAAGCCGUCACUGGCGAUGUUCACUAUGGUUCGUUGGAUGCCAAGGAGGCCAACAAGUACCGCGGUCAGAUCGUCAUGAACAACGAGGAGGAAGUCUUCUUCCCUACCCUUACCGUCGGCCAGACCAUGGACUUUGCGACCCGUCUCAACAUCCCUUUCAAAAUCCCUGAUGGCGUUGCCUCCCCCGAAGAGUACCGCAAGGAGAACAUGGACUUCCUGCUCGAGGCCAUGAGCAUUCCUCAUACCACGGACACCAAGGUCGGAAACGAGUACGUUCGCGGUGUCUCUGGCGGUGAACGCAAGCGUGUUUCCAUCAUUGAAUGUAUGGCCUCUCGUGGUUCCGUCUUUUGCUGGGAUAACUCUACCCGUGGUCUGGAUGCUAGCACUGCUCUCGAGUGGGCCAAGUGCCUCCGCGCCAUGACCGAUGUCAUGGGUCUCUCCACCAUCGUCACCCUCUACCAGGCCAGUAACGGUAUCUACGAUCUCUUCGACAAGGUCCUUGUUCUCGACUACGGCAAGGAGGUUUACUACGGUCCCAUGAAGGAGGCCCGUCCCUUCAUGGAGUCUCUUGGCUUCGAGUGCCAGGAGGGUGCCAACGUUGCCGACUACCUUACUGGUAUCACUGUUCCCACCGAGAGAGUUGUUCGCCCUGGCUUCGAAAAGACCUUCCCUCGCAACGCCGAUCAACUCAGAGACGUCUACCAAAAAUCCGAGCUCUACCCUUGCAUGGCUUCCGAGUACAGCUAUCCCACAUCCGAGGAGGCCAGGGAGAGGACCAAGCAGUUCGAGGAGGGUGUUGCUGUUGAAAAGGACAAGCACCUCGGAAAGAAUAGCCCUUAUACCGUCAGCUUCUACCAGCAGGUCAAGGCCUGUAUCGCCCGCCAGUACCAGAUCGUCCUUGGUGACAAGCCCACCUUCAUCAUCAAGCAGGGUUCCACCUUGGCCCAGGCUUUGAUCGCCGGUUCCCUCUUCUACAACGCCCCUGACAACUCUGCUGGUCUCUUCGUCAAGUCCGGUGCCCUCUUCUUCUCUCUUCUCCACAACAGCUUGAUGUCCAUGUCUGAAGUCACAGACUCGUUCAACGGUCGCCCCGUUCUGGUCAAGCAAAAGGGCAUGGGUUUCUUCCACCCUGCCGCUUUCUGCCUUGCCCAGGUUGCUGCCGAUAUCCCCGUCAUCAUUCUGCAGGUUACUGUCUGGUCUAUCGUCCUGUACUUCAUGGUUGCCCUGACCAUGGACGCCGGUGCUUGGUUUACCUACUGGAUCAUUCUCAUCGCUGCCACCAUGACCAUGACUGCCUUCUUCAGAGCCAUUGGUGCCGCCUUCAGGACCUUCGAUGCCGCCUCCAAGGUGUCCGGUUUCAUGAUCUCCGCUCUCAUCAUGUACAACGGUUACAUGAUUCAGAAGCCCAAGAUGCACCCUUGGUUCGGCUGGAUCUACUGGAUCAACCCCAUGGCUUACGCCUUCGAUGCUCUCUUGUCCAACGAGUUCCACGGUACCACCAUUCCCUGCGUCGGCGUCAACCUGGUCCCCAACGGCCCUGGCUACACCGACCUCGAGCAUCAGUCUUGCGCUGGUGUUGGUGGUGCUAUCCAGGGCGAGAACGUCGUCUAUGGUGACAACUAUCUCAAGUCUCUUUCCUACAGUCACUCUCACGUCUGGAGAAACUUUGGUAUCCUCUGGGCUUGGUGGGCUCUCUUUGUCGGCAUCACCAUCGUCGCGACUACCAAGUGGCGUCCCCUUUCCGAGGGCGGUCCUUCCCUGCUGAUCCCCCGUGAGAAGGCCAAGCACGUCAAGGCUAUCCAGAACAUCGACGAGGAGAAGGCCGGUGCUAGCAGCAGCGGUGAGGAGACUGUCUACGACAAGGAGGCCAGCGCUGGUGAGGCUAAGGACUCCGACAGGGACUUGGUUCGCAACACCUCGGUCUUCACCUGGAAGGACCUCACCUACACCGUCAAGACUCCCUCUGGUGACCGUGUUCUCUUGGAUAACGUUCAGGGUUGGGUUAAGCCUGGCAUGUUGGGAGCCUUGAUGGGUUCUUCGGGUGCCGGAAAGACCACUCUUCUCGAUGUUUUGGCCCAGCGCAAGACCGAAGGUACCAUCAAGGGCUCCAUCCUUGUCGACGGUCGUCCUCUCCCUGUUUCCUUCCAACGUUCUGCCGGUUACUGCGAGCAGCUUGAUGUCCACGAGCCCUACUCCACUGUCCGUGAGGCCCUUGAGUUCUCCGCUCUCCUUCGUCAGCCCCGUGAGGUUCCCCGUGAGGAGAAGCUCAAGUACGUCGAUACCAUCAUUGAUCUCCUGGAGCUCCACGAUCUUGCCGAUACCCUUAUCGGUCGCGUCGGUGCCGGUCUCUCCGUCGAACAGCGCAAGCGUGUUACCAUUGGUGUCGAGUUGGUCGCCAAGCCCAGCAUUCUCAUCUUCUUGGACGAGCCUACUUCCGGUCUCGAUGGCCAGUCCGCCUACAACACCGUUCGUUUCCUCCGCAAGCUUGCCGAUGUUGGCCAAGCCGUUCUCGUCACCAUCCACCAGCCUUCCCAGCAGCUCUUCGCCCAGUUCGACACCCUCUUGCUUCUCGCCAAGGGCGGCAAGACCGUCUACUUUGGUGAAAUCGGCGACAACGCCCAGACGGUCAAGGACUACUUCGCCAAGUACGGCGCCCCCUGCCCCGAGGAGACCAACCCGGCCGAGCACAUGAUCGACGUCGUCUCCGGCUCUCUCUCCAAGGGCAAGGACUGGAACCAAGUCUGGCUCGAGUCACCGGAGCACAAGUCCGUGACCGAGGAACUCGACCAGAUCAUCAACGAAGCCGCCUCCAAGCCUCCCGGCACUCAAGACGACGGCCACGAGUUCGCCACCCCCCUGUGGGAACAGCUCAAGAUCGUGUCCAACCGCAACAACAUCUCGCUCUACCGCAACAUCGACUACAUCAACAACAAGUUCGCGCUGCACAUCGGCUCGGCCUUGUUCAACGGCUUCUCCUUCUGGAUGAUCGGCGACCGCGUUUCCGAUCUGCAGAUGCGUCUCUUUACCAUCUUCAACUUCAUCUUCGUCGCGCCCGGCGUCAUCGCCCAGCUUCAGCCCUUAUUCAUCGAGCGCCGCCAGAUCUUCGAAGCCCGCGAGAAGAAAUCCAAGAUGUAUUCCUGGAUCGCCUUCGUAACCGGUCUCGUCGUCUCCGAAAUCCCGUACCUCUGCGUCUGCGCCGUCCUCUAUUUCGUCUGCUGGUACUACACCACGGGCGCGCCCUCAGCCUCCACGCGUGCCGGCGGCACGUUUUUCGUCAUGCUCAUGUACGAGUUCGUGUACACGGGCAUCGGGCAGUUCAUCGCGGCGUACGCGCCCAACGCCAUCUUUGCCGCGCUUGCCAAUCCUUUCGUGAUCGGUAUCCUCGUCUCCUUCUGCGGUGUCCUGGUGCCCUAUCAGCAGAUCCAGGUCUUCUGGCGCUACUGGAUCUACUACCUCAACCCCUUCAACUACCUCAUGGGUAGCAUGUUGACGUUCAACCUCUGGGGCAAAGAAAUCGAAUGUCAUGAAAGGGAGUUUGCCGUGUUUAACCCCCCCAAUGGAACUACCUGCGCCCAGUAUCUGAAGGAUUACAUGAUGGGCAUGGGACGCGCGACGAACCUCAUUAAUCCUGAGGCCACGCAGGGGUGCAGGGUUUGUCAGUAUACUACGGGAUCUGACUACUUGCAGACGAUUAACCUGAAGAGUUAUAGUUAUGCGUGGAGGGAUGCGGGUAUCGUGGUCAUUUUCGUGGCGAGCAGUUAUGCGAUGGUUUAUGGGUUGAUGAAGUUGAGGACCAAGACUAGUAAGAAGGCUGAGUAA